GAAUGUUAAAAGAGUUUCCAAGAGUUCCCGGAGAGGUAAACUUUCCAAAGGAGUCCGGUGGUUGCACGCGGGAGUCGGCGGGCCGUCAUGGUUUCUCCCCGGACUUGCGUUCACAAGCUUGGCUCGACUCUUCCGUUGCUGUUGGUGCUCUGGGAUCUCCACUACGAGGGAGUACAAUGUGGCAUAAAUGCAGAAGUAGAAAAACAGCUUGAAUUGGGGAAAAAGCUGCUGGCAGCUGGGCAGCUGGCAGAUGCUCUGACGCAUUUCCAUGCUGCCAUAGAAGGAGACUCAGAUAACUACCUUGCUUAUUACCGAAGAGCCACAGUAUAUCUAGCCAUGGGCAAAUCAAAAGCUGCCAUUCGUGAUUUAAGCAGGGUAGUUGAAUUAAAGAAGGAUUUCACAUCGGCACGACUACAAAGAGGCCAUCUUCUGCUUAAGCAGGGAAAGUUGGAUGAAGCUGUAGAAGAUUUUGAAGGCGUGCUCCUGACCAACCCCAGUGAUAAAGAAGAAGGAGAAGCCCGUGCUCAGUUGUUGAAGUCAGAUGAGGCUCGGCGCCUGCGUUCCCUAGCACAGUCUGCCUUUCUCGAAAAAGAUUACUACACUGCUAUCACUCUGUUGGAUAAAAUUCUAGAAGUUUGUGUUUGGGAUGCGGAUAUGCGGGAACUUCGAGCCGAAAGUUACAUUAAGGAAGGGGAACCUGGGAAGGCUAUCAGUGACUUGAAGGCUGCUGCUAAACUGAAGAGCGAUAAUACUGAAGCUUUUUAUAAAAUCAGCACAAUAUACUAUCAAUUAGGGGACCACGAAAUGUCUCUAAGUGAAGUGCGGGAAUGUCUGAAACUGGACCAAGAUCAUAAGGAAUGCUUUUCUCACUACAAGCGAGUAAAGAAGCUAAACAAGCAGAUGGUUUCAGCAGAAGAGCUCAUUCACGAAGGAAGGUAUCAGGAAGCCACUGAGAAGUAUGAGGCUGUUAUGAAGAUGGAGACAAAUGUUCCUAUCUACACUACUCGAGCCAAAGAGAGAAUCUGUCAUUGCUUUUCAAAGAAUCAACAGACGACAGAAGCCAUUAAGGUUUGCACAGAGGUUCUGCAGCUGGAGCCAGAAAAUGUGAAUGUCCUCAAAGAUCGGGCUGAAGCAUACUUGCUAGAAGAAAUGUAUGAUGAAGCUAUCCAGGACUAUGAAACUGCUAAAAAAUACAAUGAUAAUGACCAGCAGAUUCAGGAAAGCCUUGAGAAAGCCCAGCGAAUGCUCAAGCAGUCUCAAAAGAGGGAUUACUAUAAAAUUUUAGGAGUUAAAAGGAAUGCCAGGAAACAGGAAAUCAUAAAAGCCUACAGGAAGCUGGCAAUGCAGUGGCACCCAGAUAAUUUUCAGGAUGAAGAAGAGAAGAAGAAAGCAGAGAAGAAGUUUAUUGAUAUUGCAGCUGCCAAAGAAGUCCUGACAGAUCCAGAAAUGCGGAGGAAGUUUGAUGCAGGAGAAGACCCACUGGAUGCUGAGAGCCAGCAAGGGGGAGGUCACCCUUUUCACCGAUCCUGGAAUUCCUGGCAAGGGUUUGACCCCUUCAGUUCUGGGGGACCUUUCCAGUUUAAAUUCAAUUUCAAUUAGAACUGCUAUACUCUUUUUAUUUUAUUUUUCCUUUUGCAUCUGGCAAUCUGCAAUUUUUUUUCUAGAUAACUUAAAAUUACCAUCUAGUCUUUGAACAGUAAUGAAAGCCAGGGUUAUUUUUUUUUUUUUGGGGGGGGGAGGUGAUAGUUCAAAAAGGGAUAACAAAAUCCAGCCAUAUCAAUAAUACCGAUCUGUUUGAUAGUUCCGGGCCUCCCAGCUCCACGACAAGACAAACCCAUAUUUGAGAAGAAACUAAAAAAGCAUUUUUAACGUUUGCUAAACCAUUGGGGCCCUUUUGUGGGUAUUAAUCACUUGAGAUAACUGUACCUCCAGUUGUGGUAACUCCAACUGUUACCACAAGAGCAAAUGCGGAAGUCUCAAGUGACUGUUGGAAGUAUUACACAUCUGCAGAAUAUGACCGCGGACAUCACACGGACAUUGGUCACUGCAACCAGCUUAAGUUGUUCUGACUAAUGUUACAAAGACAAUUUUCUCUGAUUAAAACCUCUCCUUCUGGUUGCUUUUAAAGAAUUAAACAGAAUUAAAAAAUUUUAGCCAGGUGGCAGAGAACCAUUUUCCCUUGAAAAUUUGCUUGACAUUUGAGCACGACUGAGAUAGUGGCCAUAAUAAGUAGAACUUUGUUCUGCUCUUGAAGAUAUAUAUAUUUUUAAGGGUGGUAGAUGAUCAUCCUCUUCACAACUAUUAUAUGCAUGUCUGGAGUUGCACAGACUAAUAACUCAUGGAACCGAUUGAAAGUGUUUUCAUGCAGCCGAAAUCCGAUAUUGUGAACUGCAUUCCUAACGGAGCCUGGAGUCAUCUUGAGAUGUAAUGUUGAACUUGCCUUUUCUUUCACAUCCGGUCUUUUUCAAGAACGCAGUUUUGAACACUUGUCAAAAUGAUAUUCAUCUUUCACCUCACUUGUUGUCAUUAAUAACACAUAUACACCCCAGUGUAUUUCAAUGCAAGUUCUCCAAACAGCUGAAAAAUUAGUGGUUGUAUCUCACUAGCUUUUGGGUGUAACGUUCUGUUCUUUAGGAAUGCUUUUGAAAUGAUUUGGAUUCAUCUCAAAAGAUGCCACGAUGGAUACUUGUUGAGUGAACAUUCAGACACAAAACCAGGACCCACAAAGUGCUUUCAUGUUUCUCUCCUCAAAAAUGACUCCAGAAAUGCCGGGAGAGAGAGAGAGAUGUUACCUAUUAACAAAUCACCCUUAUGUUUUGGACAGGACUGCAUAAAGUGCCAUUGUUAGAAUGGGGGUUGGGGGAAAGAGAGCCCUUUGCUUUCUUGGACCAAAUCCUAUCAAGUCCAUGUUUAUACAGGACGUGGUUUGGGCUGCCUUGAUGUUGCCGGAGCUCCUUGUUCUAGAGGCCAUCAGGGCUGCACAUGGAUUGAUCCAAAUGUUCAGUAGUGCUUCUGAGUCAAUUGAAAUCAAACAUUGCCUUGGGAGUGUUGCCAGAAUAAAUCAGAGAGGUUGAAGGAAGUGGGGGUGGGGGGAUAUAUUCUUUUGAAGGUAACGAAAUACUAAAUAGUAUUCAACAGCACACCGUUGUUUUAUUUGCUUUAAAUCCUGAAUAUUUUGGGGGGGUGGAUUUGGCUGUGUUGGGGGUGGGAGGGAUAAGGCAGGUUGAAUUCUGAAGUUAACAAUUGUGCCAAGUCUUAAUUUGUUUGUACGCCAAGUAAUGAAUAGAAAUUGCUUUAUUAUGCUGUUGUACCUAGUGAUUUUGAGUAGACUUGGGGGAAAUCUAACAAAAAAACUACUUCAUUCCUUUGGAAAUUAAAGAAUCAAUUUAAAAGG